AAAAUGAACUCGGUGAGGUGACGACUUUCUGUUCCUCUUUUAAGACUCGAGAGGUUUUUUCCGAACGGAAUUCCGGCGCGGCGAUGGAGGAAGGACAGAGCAUUUUGGGUGCAAACGUCGAUGAGGAUAUUGAAGAUAUUGAGAUGCUUGAUGCAGAGGAAGGAGAGUUGUUGGAGCACGACGCUUCUCAAACUGAUGUCGGAAAAUGCGGCGGCGGAGAUGUAUCCGUUGAGGCACCGGCAAACAAGAAGAGGAGCAAGAGAAAGAGGAACGUUUCCGAGCAAAACCCCAUAGACAUAAACAGAUUUGCGCUACUUACAUGCAGGCGUCUGAGGGAGAAGAAGUCGUACAUGGUGUGCACUGCUGUGGGCUGUCUGGGGAUUUCUGCAUUGAGUGAUCUCGUCGGAGAGGUGGAUGCAGUUCAGGUUUGUGGAGGUCAGACAACUGCUGAUGGGAGACGUAAUCAAACUGGUGAUGGCAUAUUGUGGAACAUAAUCAGAGCACAAGAACCAGCAGCUUAUAUAGAAAUAAUGAAAAAGGCAAAGGAAUUUGAGAAGCAAUUUAAGCAACAAAAACACAAGGCAAGCACUGAAUAAAGAGGGCCUCUUUGGAGAUACUGGUCUUCAACCAACAGGCGGAGUUUCAGCCGGUGUUCAAGAUGAUUCCCAGUUCACACCUCAAAGUCAACCUGAAUAGUCAACCACUAGAGGAAAAUGCAAAUCUGUUCAAUGAGAGGAUUAGGGUUCCAGUCUCAUAUGAUGACCUUUUUGGAGAGGAUACAAAAGCUGAUUCAGUUUGAUCCUUGGGGGAAUUGGCGUUUCUCAGUGUCAUUUUUGCAAGCACUGAAGUGCAGCUACAUGUUUAUUGUUGAGAAGGCUGCAGAACAAAUCACCUCCAGCCCCAGGAAAAAUGAAAAGAAAAUGGAAAAGCAAAGAGGAUAAUCCAAGUUUAUUAGUUGCUAUUUCUAACAAAAUACUCUUCCAGUACAGAGUUGAGAUAACUUUUCAGCCUACAAUCCCAACUGAGGAAGAAGCAUGAUGCAUACGAUAGAAUUUGUGGUUUCAUGAACUCAUGGUAUGCUCAUUUGAAUUCUCUCUCUCUCUCUCUCUCUCUCUCGCUCUCUCAUGAAUGAAAGAAUGAAUGAAUG